AUGCACUUCUACGGUACCACCGACCUGUCGCUCGGUAAAAUCGUCAUGAACCUCAUUGGCGGUAUUAGAAUCCGCUUCGACCGUGACGAGGCUGCAAACACCAACGUGAAGAUGGACUCCAUCAACGUGACUGGCGCUACCAGCCAUGCCGUCGAGACCUGGAACAUCGACGGCCUCACCAUCAACGAGGUCAUCGCCCGUGACGUCGGCGAGUGCGGCCUGCUGCUCCAGAUGACGACCAACGCGAAGGUUGGCCUCGUCGACGCCGACAAUGCCGGCGCCGGUACUGGCUACGCUGCCCUCCGCUUCGCGAACCAGAACGGCAAGCUGAACGGCGGAUAUGAAACUAACAUCUACGUCGACAAGGUCGUCGCCAAGAAAGGUGGCCGCGGCUUCUUCUGCGUCUCGGAGUCUCGUGGCGCUGAGAUUGGCAUCGUCGAUAUUUCUGACACCGAGAUCUAUGUUAUUCUCAUUGAGAACUGCUACGGCGUCACCGUCCUCGGUGGCACCGUAUGGAGGUGGAGAGGUCUGCCUCUCGGCGCGACGAGUUCGCGCUUACCGAUGACAUUGAGCUCCAUCUUAAAGUCGACGGCACCACUGUCCGCGAGUCUCCUUGCGGUACCAAUAUCAAUAUCGUGCUUGACAUCACGGGCAGCGCCACGCUAG